AUUUGCAUGUUGUGCCACAUCACUGUGAAGGUAGCGGACGUGUUAUUAAUGAUAAUUUCUUAAUUUUAAGGGGCUAAAGAGAUAUGGAGAAGUUAAAAAAAGGAAAAAUCUUCAUUCAUUUUCUCCAUUUUCAAUAACUAAACAAACAUUUUUGAUUUGAAGAAGAAGAAGAAGGAGCAAUGGCGGAAGAAGAAAACAACGGCGGAGAGAACAACGAUGGCAUUGACAGAAUUAGCACUCUAUCAAAUUCCUUAUUGUGUCACAUUCUCUCUUUCCUUCCGACCAAAACCUCCGUUCAUAUGAGCUUCGUCUCUCGCAAAUGGCGCAACCUCUGGAAGAAUCUCGAAGUCUUCGAUUUCCGCGACAAAUGCAAUGAAUACAGCUACCAAGCCCCCGACGACGAAUUCAACGAACAAUUCAUGCUGUUCACCGUUUUCGUCAACACUGUCCUCUCUCUCCGUCGCUCACGCGUCGUUCGGAAGUUCCGUCUCUCCUCCGACCACAUCCCAAACAAUCCAUUAUUUGCUUACUCAGUCGACACGUGGCUCAGUAUCGCCAUUGGGCCCCACCUCCAGGAAUUUCAUCUCACCCUCUUUACUGCCGGCGCCUUCGACAACCUGCCUCCUACACUCUUCUCUUGCUCCAACCUUAUCUCCCUCAGUCUUAGUGGAUAUAUCUUGUUGCCAUUGCAAGACCCUUUGGAAAUUUGCUUACCGUCGUUGAAGGUGCUGCAACUACUAAACAUGCAUCACUUGAAUUUGAGUUCCAUGCAUAUCCUUCUCUCUGCCUGUCCCGUUCUCGAGAAUCUGGAACUUUUCUUUAGUCCUGAAUCUUUGGACAUAAUUCGGGUGCCAUCUUCCUUGAAGAGGUUAAAAAUCACUGUUGAUAAUAACGUUGGGGCUUGGCUUGAAAUAGAUGCACCUGGUCUCAAGUACCUUAGCCUUGAAUGUAUCACAUUCCGUGAUGCCGCGGCUGUUGGGAACUUGCACAGCGUGGAAGAAGCAUAUCUUGAUGUAUUUCCCACUCCUAAAAGUGAAUCUGUUGAGCCUUUACUCAAUCUCCUUCGAGCUCUUUCCGGAAUUAAACAUCUAGAGCUACAUAAUUCAACCACAAAGAAGCAGUGGCUAUUUGCUGCCCCCAUUUUAAAUUUUCCGGAAUUUCACUAUUUGCUUCAUCUAAAGCUUGAGUAUCCCCCUUUCAACUCAACUUUUUUGUUCGAUGUGCUUCAAAAAUGUCCAAUGCUAGAAACUCUCAUAGCAUUUAUGUUCGACAUCGACAUGGUGGAUCGAUCAUAUGAUUCGUUGCCUUCAUAUAGAUGGGAGGCAAAGCCUAAAAGUGUUCCUAAAUGCCUCAUAUCCCAUUUGACCUUUAUUCACUUUUACGGAGUUCCAGAAAAUGAGCUGGAAUUUAUUGGGUAUGUUUUGCAACAUGGACUUGUUUUGAAGACAAUGAUUAUUGAUGAAUAUUGGCGAGACCAACCAGACCGGUGGAUGAAAAAAAUUUCAGAUCUACCAAGAGGAUCUGCCAUGUGCCAAGUUAAAUUUCUCUGACUGAGGUCAUGAGCUGCGUCACCUUAAGUGCGCGUUUGGAAUGCAAUGAUUUCUGGCAGAAUCAUGUUUGGUCAGACGUUGGGGCUUCAAUAAAAAGAUGACAUUAGGAGCAAACAUAAAACUAUGCAUUUUGCAUUUCAGUGACUUACAAGUCUUUGGAAAUUAGUGUGUUUUUUUGGUUGGCUAAUAUCAAGACCUGGCAGCUACUAUCCGUAAUGAAACAGUAGAUAUUAGUAUCUACGAGUUGAAAAUUCACAAAGUAGUUAUAUUACAAACUGUAACAAUUAAUACUUGAAAUUAUAAUAUAUUUUAUUAUAGUUUUUAUGCGCAUAA